AAAACCGGAAGCGAAUUCGGUUAAUAUUUAGCCUUGAUUCUUUACCGGAGCAAGCGGAGUAUCAUUUAAUUUUCUUUGUUUUAAUUGUUUUUAAUUAAUUUUAAUCAUCCAUGUAAUGGUAACUCUGAUUGAGGAUACAAUCAUCUUUGGUGAUCACUUCCAGCAUGAAAUCUGAUUACCAUCGGGGAACUAUUGUAUUGACCAACGGAAUUCACAAUAAUAUUCAUCUAAUACAAGAGAAAUCCCGUCACCAUAUUAAUUCUGUUUCUGUGAUUGAACCUGUCAAAUCAACUUCAACCUUAAUAACAUCUUCAGGAUCAUCAUCUGGAAAGACUGUUGUUGGUUAUACCAACGGUUCCCAGGUCAAAGGUUCUGGUAAUAUGUCAGUUCAUGAUGAUCAAAGGAUUACCCAUAAAGUUAACCUGGCUGCCGCUUUUCACGAUCACAUCUCAUGUACGAAAUUACCUUCCCAAAUAAGUAAAAAUGGCGGUGACAUUAAUUCACUUAUUGGUGCUUCUCUUAGCAAUGGUUCCUGUAUUGACACCAACAAUUCAUUGUUCGGUGCUGCUGCAGGUUCCAGUAAUGAGGAUAAAAUUCAAAUUAAAAAGUUAAAAGAUAUGAUCCUCAUGCAAUUAGAUCUAAUUCAACAUCAACAAGAGCAACUACUCAAAAAAGAGCGGCAGCUACAAGGUUUAAAACAAGAUAGGGAAACAUUAUGUGUAAAAAUAGAUAAAAUGGAAAAUCGUCUUAACUUUUUAACUAAAAAAUUAUUAGAAGCAAAUUCAACCGAAACAACAUCACCAGGUAUAAGUGACAAUAACACUCAUCCUGAAAGUAUUCAACCACAACAAUCAACAGCAUCAUCUACAUCUACAUCUACAUCAACAGAAUCAUCAACAUCAACAUCAACAUCAACAGCCUCAUCUACAUCUACAUCCACCUCAACAGCAACUACAACAACUAUUUCAACAUCAGAAUCGUUAGCAACAUCAUCGACAACCACGACAACCACAACAACCACAACAACAACAUCAAGUAAAAAUAAUUCAACCCAAGUUAACAAAGAUGAUAUUUCAGUGUCAAUAGAUAGUAAACCGGCCAAUAGUGAAUCAAUUAAUAGCAAUGAAGAAAACUCUUCAUCACAACCAAGUAGUAAAAAACGACGACGAACGAUUUCUAAAAGUGGUACUAGUACUCCAAGUGACCAGCAACAAUCUGUAAAUAAUGUCAAUUGUAAAUCAACAAGUACAAAUAUAAAUGUUCUGGAAACUGAUGAACCAUAUGAUCUCUAUAAUUGUCGUCAAGAGAAAAGUGUAAUCCAAAGGCUGGAAUUGUCUACAAACGAUACACCAAUUAGAAUUAAUCAAAUCGAGGUACCUUCCUGGAGGAUAAUCAAUUUACCAGAUAGUAACUCAACUGUUGGAAUCGAGAAUUUAGAUGAUGACACUUUCCUUAAGAGACAUCAAAAACUCGAAAACGACGAAAAAAGGAGAAAAAGAUGGGAUAUUCAAAGAUUAAGGGAACAAAAACUUAACGAAAAACUGAGAUCUGGUCGAUAUUAUUAUUCUGCUGUUAACUUCGAUAAACCGAUAUGUUCGACGGGUCAAAGUAAACAGCUCGCAUUGGACCUGAAAAGCUUCUUCCAAGAUCCGAAAGAAGUGCAAUUUAUUGAAGUUUCUGAUAAGAUUCCAGUUAUGGCAUUUGGCCUUCCAAUUCCAAAAUUACCGCCAAAACCUUUCACUUUACCCUGGUUAAAAUCAUCUCGUCAACCCUGAAAUCGUUAAGAUGACAGAAGACUGAUUAAUUUAAUAAAAUAGAAUAUUUUUGUCAAUCAAAUUGAAUCAACAUACC